AUGGAAGGGAAUGCCUUUAAUUUAGAUCAAGAAAAUUCCAAGAUCGCUGGUGCUGCAGCUGCUUUGUUUAGCGAUUCUAUUGAACAGAGUCCAUUCGACAGUCUUGCUAGCGAACAGACAACGACUGAUUAUUCGUCACAUUACGAUUAUAAUAAUGGUUCAAAUGCGUUGCAGGAAAAUACUGACGGUACAGUAACUAACUCAAUGGUCACUCAACAGUAUGGUGGUUUUGAAUAUAAUCAUUAUCAUGAAGGACAGUACGUUAACGGCACUACCGAGAGUGUAACUUCUCCUCAAGCAAAUACUAUUACUCAGAACCAACAUGACUAUACAGGAUAUGGUUAUGAUGAUGCUUCGUAUACCAAUGGUCAAGAUAAUUCGCAAUUUUACUAUUCACAACAGCAAUAUUAUGAUCCUAGUCAACAACAGUACGAUCCUUAUUAUUAUCAAACCUACAAUCCAAACCAAACAUUUGACCCGAAUCAAGCUUAUAAUCUUAAUCAACCAUACGAUCCUAGUCAAACGUAUUAUCCUAAUCAAACGUUCGAUCAAAAUCAUUAUGAUCCUUCUUUAUAUAGUCAAGAUCCUUCGACGUAUUAUCAAUAUACUCAACAAUUGACAGAAAUUAAUAAUUCAAAUGAAAUCAAUUUUCAAAAUCUUACAAUUGAUCCAAAUUCGAAUAAAGAACUUUCAAAUUCAAAACAAAAGGAAGGAGGUGAGGAUAUGGUUAAUAGCAAUGGUAUCCCAAAUAAUACGGAUAGUGUGGGUGAAGUAGGUACAACGUAUGAUGGAUCCAAACAGAACAUUUAUGACGCGUUAAAAUCUGAUGCAGUACCUUCAAAUCUUUUUGUUGAUACUUUUAAGAGUGAUAAUGAAAAUCGCGAAAUUUCAUCAGAUAACAAAGAAAAUGAAGAAAAUAAGGAAACGGUCGAGCAUUCUCCAACUAUAAAUCAAGACAUUGAUCCUAAUUUCAAAAUUCAAGAACAUCUAACUAUAUCAUCAUCGAGCGAUUUGACGUCACCAAUCAAUGAUAAUGUUGCCGCAGUUACUUUGGUCGAAACAAUAGAGACAAAUAAAGAGAGCUCACAAUACACAGUUACUUCUUCAAAAAAGGAAAAUGCUUCACGUAUUAAUUCUCCUGCUGAAAAUGAUAAUGAUUUAAAUGGGUUGGAAAAUGAGGACCAAGAAGUAAAUAUUACUUACGGAGAUGAUCGUGAUAUAUUUGAAUAUCAGCCUCAAGAGUUGGAGAGUCAUCCGAAAUCAGAACUUUCACAGGCUGAACCACCUGUUUCAUUAAUAGAUGAUUCGAAAAUAAUGUCUGAAGUUUCUGCUGCCGGUGAUACAGAAGAAAUUAAUGAUAAGCCGAAAGAUGAACCGACUAAAUUGGAUGACUUGGACGAUUUAGUUCUAGGGUCAGCUAGUAAACCUGGUAAUUUAGAAUUAGAAGGGUUAGCUAACACGCAUGAAGGACACUCAAUUCCAUCGCAAAAUAUCGAUACGACAGCUCUAAAUUCAUCGUACCAGUAUGAAUACUCUGGUCAAUAUAAUUAUGGAUAUGAGCAUUGGGGUUCAAAUGAUGAAAAUUCUCGGUAUCAAGGGUAUGAUCCUAAUCUUCAAACUGGAGACGUUACGACUGGUUCGGAACAAGUGAAUUAUCAGUAUCAAGGAUAUGAUGCUAGUCAAACUUCAAGAGGCACUACGACUGAAACCGAUCUCGCUAAUUAUCAAUAUAAUGAAUAUGACACAAAUCAAACCGCUGCAGAGCCUAUCACUGAAAAGGAACAGAUUUUGUAUCAAUCUUAUGACACGAGUCAAGCAGGAUUUGAUAAUACCGUUGCUACAAACUAUCAAUAUCCUGCAUAUGAAACUAAUCAGUCCGCUGCGAUAGAAACUGUCGCCGAAGCAGAUCAAUCAAAUUAUCAAUAUCUAGGCUACAAUAUGGGAGAAAUUGCUGUUGAUGGUACAGAUGGACAGGGACAAUUUAAUUAUCCGUACCAAGAACAUGAGACUGGUCAAGCUACAAUAGACAAUAAUGAUGAGACAAGUCAAGCUAAUUACCAAUAUACAAGUUAUGAUGCAAGUCAAAUUAAUCAUCAAGCGACAAGUCAACCCACAGUGGACAACAAGGUUGAAACGGAACAAUCUAAUUAUUAUCAAGGAUAUCAACACGUUCCUUCUCAUCCUUCACAAACGUCUCCUCCCCCGAUGUCUCCAUCUCCAAAAGGAUCAAUCUUAAUAUCCUGCCCAUAUCCUCAAUGCGGGGGAGAGAAUAAAAGUACCGCUAAAUUUUGUUCAGAUUGCGGGAAGCAAAUUAACAGUAAUGUAAUGCGCUCAAUAAUUCCUGCAGUUGGCAUCUCUGAAGUGAUGACCACUGAGAUUUACAAUAAUGCGAAUGCUUAUUCCGAACAAUAUUCAGCAUCAUCGUUUGCUUCAUACGGUAAUCAUGACACACAAUACCUAGAAAGGGAUUCUGGUGUCUCAUUGGAUCCGCUACAAUCAGACUAUCAACAAUAUUAUGGUACUGAUGAUGUGAAUGCUGUAAAUGAUCCUUUGGGAAGAACUAAGGGGUGCCGUCCUAUUAUUGCUUUUGGAUUUGGAGGAAAAAUGUUUACAAUGUUUCCAAGAACAGUUCAACGUUUCACUAGUACUGAUCAAAGUACACCCAUCACUAAAUCUGCACCUGGCGUUUUUUCUGUUCGUGUUCUCAAAGACAUCAUUCCUGUAUCAGACAUUACCGAUUUUCCAGGUCCUUUGCUUAUGGAUAAUAACAGAGGUGGAAUAAAGGCUAAAAGGAAAAGUGUAUUAAAAUAUUUAGAUGAUCAAAUUCAAGUAACAGAAACGAAAUUAAGUUCCUUUAACGGAGAAGAAAUUGAAAAGAAGGAAUUAGAAAUGAUUAUUAUUGUCUGGAAUUUAUUUAAAAUAAUGUUCGAGAAUGACGGCAUGUUAAUUGGAAGUUCAAAAGUUGAAGAACUUGUUCGUAACAUUUUAGUUCCUUUCGCAUCUAAAAGCGACAAUGAUGAAGUAAACUUUACAGUUCCUGCAGAUACAAGUUUUGAAGAUUUAUCACAAACACCAGAAUCGACUUCACUCACGUAUUCUGUUUCAUCUAAAGCUGUCGACAAAUUACAAGAACUAUUGUUGAAAGGAGAUCGUGUUGUAGCAAUAAAUCAUGCAAUGAAUGAAAAUUUGUGGGCACAUGCAUUGAUAAUUGCCAGUUGUGUCAAUAAGGAUUUAUGGAAAGAGGUUGUUACCGGGUUUAUAAAACGUGAAAUGGGAACUCAAAAAGGAGAAGCCUUAGAGUCAAAUGGAAGAGAAAGUUUAAGAGUGUUAUAUUCUUUGUUUGCUGGUCAAGGACAGAAUGCAGCUAAGGAAUUCCUUCCGUAUAGUAAUUUACUUAAUCGUAUUACUCAAUCACCAGCUGCAGCAAUGAUUCCUACGUUACCAAAUACUUCACAUUAUAGCUCUAAUCCCAAUGUUCCAUAUGGUGGUGCGUCAAUUUCAACGUCACACUCAUCCUCAUCAGCUCGUGAUGUUCCACUUGAUAGUUUAGUAAAAUGGCGAGAAACAAUAGCAAUGAUCUUGGCUAAUCGAACACCGGGAGAUAAUCAGGUGAUUUCUGCUCUCGGAGAUAUGCUUAAAGAAUGUGGUUGGGUUCAUGCUGCACACAUCUGUUAUAUGUUAUCCCCAACGGUGUCUAUUAUAUCUGGCUCUGACGCACCGAAUGUUCGUUUCACACUAUUAGGCAUGGAUUACACACAUAAUCUGUCCAUAAGUAAUUUUCAUAAUUGGCAGUCCUUGCGUAUGACUGAGAUAUAUGAAUUUGGACUUUCAUUGAAUAGUAAUGAUGGUGGAUUACCUCACCUACAGGCAUACAAACUACUUUAUGCAUGGUGGUUGGCCGAUUGUGGAUAUUUGAAUGAAUCUAGAAGAUAUUGCGAAUCCAUUGCAAACAUUGUAAAGGUAUAUACCAAAGGUUCACCGUAUUUCCACGGCUGCUUCUUACAAAAAUUGAAGGAUUUAACACAACGGUUGCUCGAACACGGAGGAAAUAAUAAUGGGCAAGUGAACUUGAUAUAA